GCUCGGAAGCAGUUGGCCAAAGAGCACGAACAUUCGAAAGACUGCAACUGUAGCAAAGAAUGGCAACAAACGGCAACAGUGGCAACUGUGGCCGAAAAAACAACCAGCUUGGAAAACCAGGGCCUUCCAACAACAUCUCCAGAAAGCCUCAUUUCGUCUUAUGCAACCACCGUUGGUUCGGGGAUAAAAGAUGAUCAGCUGGAAGCAACUGCUCCAAGUGAAGAAGCCACGCAACAGGAAAAAGAAACUACACAGUCUGUAAAAUUAUCUUCAGAUCCGGAAAGUCCUUCGUCAGCAACUGUUGCAGAACAAAACACUACGGUGCAGAAUGAUUUAACUACAAAGUCAAGUACGUCAGGAACACUUCCUGACACAUCGAAAGCAAGUGAGGAUUUUGUGGAAUCAACAACACGAGCUGAAACAAGUCCAAAAUUUCGAACACUGACAGUCUCACCGGAAAAAUCGACCGAAUCCAGAACUGAAGAAAUACCAAACCCAAGCGCAAAAAUUGGAGAAACCGAUGCAACUGCACCAAAAAAUAUCGAAAUUUCAGAAACAACAACCCCUUCAGCUCCUAGCUCCGAAGCUCCAAUUCCAAGUUCUACAUCCAGUUUCGUCAGUGCAAUACCUGCAACAGCAGCAAUCGAGCUGAUUUCGAAAAGCCAGGAAGCCCAGCCAAGGUCCAAUAUUUCUACAGAAAAAUCCGCCGACACUCCGACAAGUCCUUUUUCAGAAACGCAGCCGACUGCAGAAGUUAGCAAAAUUGAUCACUUAAAAACCGAAGCACCGGUAGUCAGCGAUUCAUCAACUACAGAAGCUUCACAAACAAAGAGUCCUGAGAAUGAAGAAACUCAGUCUACAAAACCGAAACUGGAAACUCAAAGCUCAACCGCACCAAAAGCGGAAACUGUCGCUACAUCUCCGUCACCCAAACCAUUGGAGUCGUCGACAACUUCGGGUUCCGAAAAACCUGAGAAGACGAAAUCCGAGGAGCCAGAAAAACUAGAAAAAUUAUCUGCAACACCUAAAUCGACGCUAACAACAUCUGGAACCACAAAAGUAACGGAUACUCCGUUGAAAACAACGUCUCAAGUUGAUGGCUUAAAUACAAAUUCUUCAGAAUUGCUACCGGCAAAAUCGACAACGUUGUUAAAUGUGACUACCAUUUUUAUCAAAUCUACAGAGCUGCCUAAGAAAAUCACAAUAGAAAAAGCACUGGAACUCACGACAUCAAAUUCAGAUGGAGCUGUCUCCAAAGCAGAGCCAAAAGAGGAAAGAAAACCAUCGUCUUCUGAAAUCAGACCAGAAUCGACAAGGAAUUUAGCAUCGACAGUAACACCGCUAUCGUCCGCGUCGUCGUUAUCAACAGCCCUACCAUCAUCAUCAGUUUCAACGUCGACAUUCUCGUCAUCAUCAGCGUCGUCAUCGUCACCUACAAGCGUAACAAGCGAUUUCAAGCAAUCCUCUUUGGCGGUGGUUACGGCCUCUUCGAAAAAUGCUUCGGAAUCGCUAAGCGAGUCCGUGAAUGACGAGGAGGAGCCGGAAUUUACAAGUGCGGUAAAAAGGGAAACAAAAGAAGGCGAGAAUUCUGAAGUUGUGGCGGAACGCGUUGCUUCGUCAUCAGUUUCAGAGACAACCACUACACAAAUAAACAGUUCGGAACCAAAAGAUCAACUACAAACAAUCAAAAGCACUAAAUUUGGUCCCCAAACCGAAAAGUCAGUUGGAGAAAACUCAGGAGCUACUACAUCGAUUCUGUUCCCAAAGCUGUCAAGUACAUCAGCAGCUGUUACGCCUUCUGCUGUUGGAGGUUCCAUCGAAGUCGGCAAAGUUUCUCUGAAUGGCAACCACAUUAUUGACAGUUCCACUGAGCCUACAGUUCUAGCAAAUGCUGAUCCGUUAGCCAUACCAGUUGUGGAGACGAACAGAGAUGAGGAAAAAAAUGAGAACUUCCAGAACGAGAAAUCCAGCAUCGUCUUGAUACAGCUAAAUAAGGAACAAGGCACUGCUUUUUGCGAGAAGUCACUUUCCUGCGAAGCCCGGCUUCGGCAGCGUGAAACGCUUUGCCAGCGGAAAUAUGCAUUCCCAAAUUCGAAUGUUGACGAAGACGCGGAAUUAUCGGAUUUAAUUGUGCAAGCAGAACUGGUUGCUAAUUCGGCUUUAGCAGGCGCAACAGAAGCAGUUUCAAAAGCAUGCUUGAGGCCCAUAACAAGUGUUGUUCAGCAGCAGCUUUCGGGCUUUCUGGAUGAAAUUGAUUCGAGUCGCAUUUCAUGCACUCGUCGCACAGCUCCAAUUCGAAAUCUUAUUGCAUACAAUGAUAAGACGAUGUGUGAAGCAAUGAUGCCACAUUCACUGCUGGACGAAAAGGAUGACGUGGACAAGGAGCUAUGCUCGCAACUGGAGGACCAGUCGGGCACGUCAGAGAAGUACACGCAACUGAUGAACAGUGUAAAACGAAUACAAAGCGAUUGCGAGCGUAAGAUUAUGGCCACGCUACAGUCUCUUCAUGCCGGCUUCGUGUCGCUAACCUCAUAA